AAAAAAAAAAAAAAAAAUAUUGGGUUUUACAUUUUCUUCCUCGAGCUUUUUCCCAGUCCAUUAAUGGAGGAAAUUCUGCCUUUCUUUACAAAAUAUUCACCCACAUACAAAUUAAAUCUAAAAUAUUGAAACCCAUCAGCGGAUAAGCUUAGGCGCCAGUUUUGUCGCCCGUAAAUCUUUCAAAACAAUCACUCUUUUUCCUGUUCUUUAAUCCAUUGAAACGCAAGAUUUUUGCAGAACUCGCUGAAAAAAAGCGGAAUGGAGAUGGAGGACAGGGAGAGCACUGAUUCCGGUUCUUUAAGCGGCAACCCGGAGUCCUAUUCGCCGCCGUUGAGCGGCGCCGGAGACUAUGCCGCCUCCGGCGGUGGCGGCGCCCCGGGACUGAUAAACGUGAACAUAAGCGCGGAGCAUGCCGCGUCCGUGGAAUCGGGCGGUGGAGCCGUAUCCGGCGGGGGAUUGCCGGGGUGUGGUGGGCCCUCCGGUGGUCCCGGCGGCGGCAACGGAGAUUUAACGGCGGUGAAGAAGAAGAGGGGGAGGCCCAGAAAGUACGACGCCGAGGGGAACCUAAACCCGGCGUACAUAAAGUCGCCGCCUUUGGCGGCGGCGGCGCCGCCGCAGGCGGGGUUUACGCUGUCGACGCCACCGUCGUACGAUUACUCGGUGGGCCCUAAAAGGGGGCGCGGCAAACAUCAUUCUGGGCACACGAGCUGGCCGGUUCUUGCUUCCUUGGGUGAAUUGUUUGCAAACACAGCAGGAGGGGACUUUACACCCCAUGUGGUAACUUUACAUACUGGAGAGGAUGUUGCUGGGAAGAUACUCACAUUUGCACAGAAGGAUCAUAGAGGAAUUUUGGCCAUUAAAAUGCAGGGCCGUUUUGAGAUUUUAACAUUAACGGGUUCUUACACGAUUUCUGAUAAUGGUGGAAUGAGAAGCCGUUGUGGCGGAUUAAGUGUGACGUUAGCUAGCCCAGAUGGCCGUGUGAUUGGUGGUGGUGUAGCAGGUUUACUCAUGGCAGCUAGUCCAAUACAGAUUGUGGUUGGAACUUUCGUCCCCAACGGUUUCAAGGUCCCGAAAAGGAAGUACCAAACAGAGCCCAAAAGCGUCCCAACAUGUGCUCCAGCUACAGUCACAGCCGCAAGGCCCAUAUCACAGGCCCCACCCGAGAUCAUCACUUACCCAGCACAACAGUUUCUAGUGGGCCCACAAAAUCCGGGCUCGGCCCAAACUGACAGCUCCUUCAGCCACAAGGGCUUGCAAAAUCCUGCACCAACUGAUACUGCCGAGUGGAAUGGGCCUGGGCCUGGCUCUGCACAUAGGCCAUCUCCCGAUAUUAACAUUUCCAUUCCAUUUGACGAGCAUUGAAGCUGAUUUUAUAUUAUUAGGGUUUUCAGAUGUUUUGCGGUUUUUCAUUAGGCAUAACCGAAUCGGAUUUUAUCGUAACAUAGGUAAUAUUAGGUGUUUUGGUGAAUGACUUCCAUUUGUUCUUUAUCUCUGAAUUUUUUGUUUCAAGUACUCAGUAACCAGCUUGUUUUGGCUUUCUUUCCACUGAAAUUGAAGUGCAUUUGGUUGCUAUUACAGUCACACGACCCGCUCGUGAGCUCGGUUCAGUUCGUUACUUCAUUAAAGUUGACUUGGCUUGUUUAUCAUACAAGUCGAGCUCAAGUUCAUUUGCAGCUCGUAAAGCUUGUUAAGGCUAGAAAAGAUGAUCUGUUUAUAUAAUUUUCUAUAGUUU